AUGGAAGAUAGAGGAGGUUUUUCAAGGGGAUUUGGAAGAGGUCCAAGGGGACCUAGAGGAGCCAGAGGAAGGGGAAGAGGAAGAGGAAGAAGUUCAGCUGAAGAUGACUUGAAAAAUUGGGUGCCAGUAACGAAAUUAGGAAGAUUAGUGAAGGAAGGAAAAAUCGUAUCAAUUGAAGAAAUAUAUUUACAUUCCUUGCCAAUAAAAGAGUAUCAAAUUAUUGAUUACUUUUUUCAACCGAAUGAAUGUGCACACCCAUUGAAGGAUGACGUUGUAAAAAUUAUGCCUGUACAAAAACAAACACGUGCUGGACAAAGGACAAGAUUUAAGGCUUUUGUAGCUAUUGGUGAUGGAAAUGGUCAUUGUGGAUUAGGUGUAAAGUGUGCAAAGGAAGUCGCAACAGCUAUUAGAGGUGCAAUUAUUGCUGCAAAACUUUCUUUAAUACCAGUCAGACGAGGAUAUUGGGGAAAUAAAAUUGGUGAUCCACACACAGUACCUAUGAAAGUAUCAGGAAAAUGUGGAAGUGUUCGUAUUCGUUUAGUACCAGCACCCAGAGGUACACAAAUUGUUGGUGCACCAACAACAAAGAAAAUGUUAAAUUUUGCAGGAAUUAAAGAUUGCUUUUCGUCGUCUUGUGGAAAAACAAAAACGAGAGGAAACUUUUUAAGAGCAAUUUUCAACGCUUUAAGUAAAACAUACGGAUAUUUAACACCAGAUUUAUGGAAGGUAACAAACUUUGACAAAUCUCCAUAUGAAGAAUGGUCCGACUUCCUGGAAACUUAUCAAAAUGUAAAGGGAAUUAAAACAACCGUUUAG